AUGGCUCUGCAGGAGGCGACGCCUCGGGGCCCAAGGGAAGCGGGGCCGGCGGCGCGGGGGCCCAGGGGCCGGCUGCGGGCGCUUGGGCUCGGCCGCACCGGCGUGAGGGGCCCCGGGGUCGGCGGGUCCCACAACGCGUCGCCGCCGCCGCCGCCCCCGCUGCUGCUGGGACUACUGCUGCUGGCGGCCCUCCUGGAGCACGGCCGGGCCGACCCGGGAACAGACAAUCUGCAGAUAAAUGUCACCCCAACCCCUGAAUCGUUUCCUCACGGGAAAUUGUUACCAAUUUCACCAACAUGGCCUUUCUCAGAAGUCAAGUCUUCCUCAGCGGUGGACAGAACCAAGACCGUGCUGGGACAGUCCCCUGACAACACAAGCUUGCCGCUGCUAGCCGGAACCCCUCCGCCCAAGACCCGCCGCAGGACUAGGGCUCACGUGGACUUCGCUUCUUCCCUUUUCCAAGGAAGCGGACAUAGCGCCUCCCUCGAACCUUCCAAGGAUUCUACCGAGUCCCUGGUCCAACCAAGGCCUCAAGGGGGAGAAGAAGCAGCCGACGCAUCAGGUUCGCCUCUCACCAGCAUGCUCCCCCCUGCGGACACAGUCCCAUCAGUGACGUCCCCGAGCGCUGUCCUCCCAUCUCGGCCAGUACAGGCAGGGACUCCCUCCAUUUCAAAGCAUCCCCCAAGCUCAGACAUUCUCCUUCCACCUUCAUCCUCUUCACUGGCUCCUCACUCACCUCAUUCCAUCAUCUUUUCUAAGCCAACAGAGUGGCCCACCAAAGUGCGUGUAGUCCCCCACCCGGCUCCAGGUGACCCCACUUCAGGUCAGGGUGUAGCUAAUCCCCUGAACCCAUUUUCUGACGAAACAGACCCCAGUCCAUCCCCAAAUCCCCAGAAUUUCACAGGCACCCCUCGUCUAGGUUUUUCAGGAUCCUCAACAAAGCAGGAUUCCAAGCUGUCCCCAGCAGAGGGUCCCCACUCAGCAGGCUCACCCACACCAGGGUUUUGGGGCUCCAGGGCAGAACCGGCCCGUCCAUCUCUCCCUCUCCCAGCCCCUGGAAGUCUUAUUCGGCUUCCGGGUGGAACCCCCUCGUGGUCAGUGCUGGAAGUGGCUUCAGGUCCUGCGUCCACACAGCCAGUCAGAGCUGAGGUGCCUGAGAGAGUGCACAAUGGGGUGUCUUUGCCGGCUUUUAAGAGCACAGCAGCAGCGACCCGUGAGGCUGAGUCUCCACUUUUCCAGACUGCAGAAUCAGUGGCCAUAGACAUGACCAGCAGCAGACAGCUAGCCCCUGCUACUACCAGCGACUCUGCUAACCCGCUGCAUUUGUCAGCAGCUCCAGAGAAUUCCGGAGGGCCCGCCCACGCAGCAGAACACACCUCUUCCUCUUGGGUGCCUUCUCCUCUGCCUUUUACCACCCCAGGUCGAGCGCAAGCCAUGCUCUCUGGGGUGGUUCCCGCCUCACCAUGGAACAGGACAGCCGACUUUCCCUCCACGCUCACUUUCCUCCAGCCUGCAGAGAGUCGUGCCCCCCCACCCCCUGUGCCAGGGGUGCCCGCUCCUCCAGAAGAGGGCAGUGAUGGGGCCCUUCCUGCCCCGGCGACAGACUUCCUCCUCUCAAGCAGAGGAGCUCACCUUUCAACGACUUGGACAUUUCCCCCAUGGAAAGAGGACAGCGUGACAGCCAUUUUGAGGAAAAAUGAAAAGGCAAAUGUGACAGUUCCUCUCCAGGCCCUUCCAAGUAGAGAGGUUUUGAGUCUUCACAGUGUAAAUGGAUUCAUCUCUGAUCUUGCUGCUGAUCGGAGUUCAUCUGCUGUCCUUACAGCACCCGGAACAACGCUCCCUCCUCCAGGGUCACCUCCACCUUCCACGCCCUCGGUACAAACAACCUGGAUGGUUUCCCCAUCUCCUGGCUUUUCCAGCACCAAGCCGGAGAUGUACACAGCUACUGUGGGCCAUUCAGAGCUGCCAGCUUCAGCUUCCAAACAGGUGACAGCAAUUCCCUCCUCCACUGAUGUCUAUGAUUUUGCAACAAUGGGAAACAUGAAAAAGCCGGCAGCCACAGAUGUUUUCUGGAGUUCUCUUUCAUCAGUAACUGGAUCCCUUUCCACAGAAUCAACAAUAGCUGGCUUGCAGCAGCAAACAAAUUAUGAUUUAAAUGGACAUGCAAUUAACUCCACAAGUUGGGCAACCCAUUCAGCUUCCAUAACUCCUCCCAGUGGUUUAACUUCAGCUGCCAAUGCAAUAAAAUCUCAGGAUUUCAAAGACACUGCUGGGCAUUCAGUGACUGCAGAAGGCUUUAGCAUUCAGGAUCUAGUCCUUGGUACAAGCACCAACCAGCUCAUGCAACAGUCAGACAGGGCUGUGGUUGGAAACCAUACAGACCUCUGGCCCACAAGCCAUGACAACCAUUCCAGAGACUUCCAAACAACUGAGGUUGACUAUCACCCAUCCACAAGUCAACGUUCUGCAUCUCAUCCCCACCUACAGUUGCCUGCCCAGCCAACACAUCCUCUUUUGCUAACCUCACCACGUCUGACUUCUGCAUCUAGCUUACAGGAAAUGCUUUCAGAUGGAACAGAUACAGGUUCCCAAAUUUCCAGCAACAUCUAUCCAUCACUUGUGGUAAAUGCUUCCACACCAUUCCAGAAUAUCCUGAGACAUCACUCUACUGCUGAAUCUCCUCCUAUAUCAACCAGUGCCUUUUCCAGGACCCCCUCCAAAGUGCUGCAGGCUUCUCAGCACCCCAAGAAAUGGACAGUGGACUUCUCGGUGUCAUCCAAGGUAGAGCCAACAGCAGCAGCAGCGGCAGCAGCAGCCACGCUGUUUCUGCGGAAACCAAGUCCACCAGCGCUGUCUGCAGCUCUACUUGCUAAGGGUACCGGCAGCAGCCCUUUGGCUGUGGCCUCAGGAUUAGCCAAGAGCAGUUUGACCACUACUCUAGCUAAAAAUGUCACAAACAAGGUGGCAUCUGGCCCAAAGGCAACACAAGGGGCACUCCAUACAGCCUUCCCAUUCACGCCAACCUACAUGUUUGCAAGAACAGCACACACCGCGAGCGCACAUACAGCCAUGCAAGGGAACACAGGCGCUGCCCCUGGCCUGUUGUCCACAACACACCUCCCCAGGAAACCACAAGCCAUGCACACAGGCUUCCCAAACCCCACCAACCCGGAGAUGCCCAGAGCAUCCACCCCACGCCCGCUGACGGUCACAGCAGCGUUGACAUCCAUGACAGCCUCAGUGAAGGCGACCCGGUUGCCCCCCUUGCGGACAGAAAACACAGAUGGUGCUCUUCCUGCUGCAUCGGCUGCCGUGGUCACAACUGGCAGAAUGGCAUCCAACCUGGAGUGUCAGAUGUCCAGUAAGCUCUUGGUGAAGACAGUCCUCUUUCUGACACAAAGGAGGGUGCAGAUCAGCGAAUCCCUGAAGCUCAGUGUAGCCAAGGGGCUCACGCAGGCACUGCGGAAGGCUUUCCACCAGAACGAUGUCUCGGCUCACGUGGACAUCCUGGAGCAUGCUCAUAACCUCACGGUUGGUUACUAUGCUACCAAAGGGAGGCUGGUGUACUUGCCUGCUGUAGUGAUCGAAAUGCUGAGCGUUUAUGGAGUCAGCAACGUCACUGCGGAUCUGAAGCAACACACCCCCAGCUUACAGUCUGUGGCAGUCCUUGCCUCCUCGUGGAAUCCCCAGCCUGCAGGCUACUUCCAGCUGAAAACAGUGCUGCAGUUUGUGAGCCAAUCAGACAACAUCCAGUCCUGCAGGUUUGCUCAGACAAUGGAACAGAGGCUGCAGAGAGCAUUCCAGGAUGCUGAGAGGAAGGUCCUGAGUACCAAAAGCAACUUGACGAUUCAGAUUGUGAGCACAUCCAAUGCCUCCCAGGCGGUCACCUUGGUGUACGUCGUGGGCAACCAGAGCACGUUCCUCAAUGGCACCGUUGCCAGCAGCCUCCUCAGCCAGCUCUCGGCUGAGCUGGUGGGGUUCUACCUCACCUACCCGCCGCUCACCAUUGCUGAACCACUGGAAUAUCCCAACCUUGAUAUAUCAGAAACAACCAGAGACUAUUGGGUCAUCACAGUGCUGCAGGGCGUGGACAACUCGCUGGUGGGCCUGCACAACCAGAGCUUCGCCCGAGUCAUGGAGCAGCGCCUGGCCCAGCUGUUCAUGAUGUCCCAGCAACAAGGCCGGCGGUUUAAACGGGCCACCACCCUGGGAAGCUACACUGUGCAGAUGGUAAAGAUGCAGCGUGUGCCAGGCCCGAAGGACCCAGCGGAGCUGACGUACUACACCCUGUACAACGGAAAGCCUUUGCUGGGGACCGCAGCUGCCAAGAUCCUGAGCACCAUUGACUCCCAAAGGAUGGCCCUGACCCUGCACCACGUUGUCCUUCUGCAGGCUGACCCCGUGGUGAAGAAUCCACCCAACAACCUGUGGAUCAUCGCCGCGGUGCUGGCGCCCAUCGCCGUGGUCACGGUCAUCAUCAUCAUCAUCACUGCCGUGCUCUGCAGGAAGAACAAGAACGACUUCAAGCCAGACACCAUGAUCAACCUGCCUCAGAGGGCAAAGCCUGUACAAGGCUUUGAUUACGCCAAGCAACACCUGGGCCAGCAAGGGGCGGACGAGGAGGUCAUUCCCGUGACUCAGGAAACGGUGGUCCUCCCACUGCCCGUGAGAGACGCGCCUCAGGAAAGAGACAUCGCGCAGGACGGAAGCACCGUCAAGACGGCCAAGUCCACUGAGACCAGAAAGAGCAGGUCGCCCAGUGAGAAUGGCUCUGUCAUCAGCAACGAAUCAGGGAAGCCCAGCUCAGGGAGACGCUCACCCCAGAAUGUAAUGGCACAGCAGAAAGUGACAAAGGAGGAGGCAAGGAAGAGAAAUGUGCCAGCGAGUGACGAAGAGGAAGGAGCAGUUCUUUUUGACAGCUCUGGCAAGGCGGCUGCUGAACCCUUCGACACGUCUUCUGGGUCCGUGCAGGUGAUCGCCAUAAAACCCACCGCCCUGUCCAUGGUGCCUCCCUCCUCGGACAGGAACCAGGAGUCGGCUGCAGUCCUCAAUGGUGAGGUGAACAAAGCCCUGAAGCAGAAGUCAGACAUUGAGCACUAUCGGAACAAGCUGCGCCUCAAAGCCAAGAGGAAAGGAUAUUAUGACUUCCCCCCAGUGGAGACAAGCAAGGGUCUGACUGAAAGAAAAAAGAUGUAUGAAAAAGCCCAAAAGGAAAUCGAGCAUGUUUUGGAUCCAGACACAGAACUGUGUGCUCCAUUCGCCGAGUCUAAAAACAGGCAACAGAUGAAGAACUCUGUCUACCGAAGCCGGCAGUCCCUGAACAGCCCGAGUCCCGGGGAAACGGAGAUGGACCUUCUGGUGACUCGAGAGCGACCCCGGCGUGGAAUCCGUAACAGCGGAUACGAUACUGAGCCUGAAAUCAUAGAGGAAACCAACGUUGACAGAGUUCAUGAGCCGCGGGGCUAUACCAGGUCUCGACAGGUGAAAGGCCACUCGGAGACCUCCACGCUGAGCUCCCAGCCCUCCAUCGACGAGGUCAGGCAACAGAUGCACAUGCUGCUGGAGGAGGCCUUCAGCCUGGCGUCCGCGGGCCACGCGGGCCAGAGCCGGCACCAGGAAGCCUACGGGUCAGCCCAGCACCUGCCCUACUCAGAGGUGGUGACCAGCGCUCCAGGGACCAUGACACGGCCCAGGGCUGGGGUGCAGUGGGUGCCGACCUACCGCCCAGAAAUGUACCAGUAUAGUCUACCCCGGCCGGCUUACAGGUUCUCGCAGCUUCCGGAGAUGGUCAUGGGCUCGCCCCCUCCACCUGUACCUCCCCGGACUGGCCCUGUGGCUGUCACUUCUCUCAGGCGGUCCACCUCAGACAUCGGCAGCAAGACCAGGAUGGCCGAGUCCGCGGGGCCCGAGCCGGCCCAGCUGCACGACAGCGCCUCCUUCGCGCAGGUGUCCAGAGGCCCCGUGUCCGUGGCGCAGCUGGAUCAGUCGGCUUUAAAUUACUCAGGUAAUACGGUGCCGGCAGUGUUCGCCAUCCCAGCUGCCAACAGACCUGGCUUCACCGGCUACUUCAUCCCGACACCACCCUCGUCCUACAGGAACCAGGCCUGGAUGUCCUACGCAGGCGAGAACGAGCUCCCAAGCCAGUGGGCCGACUCGGUGCCCCUCCCAGGGUACAUCGAGGCUUACCCCCGAUCCCGGUAUCAACAGAGCUCGCCCUCCAGGCUUCCUCGCCAGUACAGCCAGCCCGCCGGCUUGCACCCCAGCCUGGAGCAGGCCCCGGUGCCCUCCGCGGCAGCCUCUCAGCAGAGCCUGGCGGAAAAUGACCCAUCCGACGCGCCACUGACCAACAUCUCCACCGCAGCCCUCGUGAAAGCCAUCCGGGAGGAGGUGGCCAAGCUGGCCAAGAAACAGACAGACAUGUUUGAGUUCCAGGUCUAACGCCUUAGCCCUGGGGGACUCUGGACUUCCACGCUGCAGGGAACAGCCUUUGGGGUUCUCCCGCCUGAUGUGUUGGGGCUUCAGAGAGAGUGAGAGUGAGUGAGUCGUUCUCAAGCUCAGUUUCUGAAAAGGUGAACAGUGGGGCUUCUGGGAAACAGAGGAAACCCUUGAAUGAACAACUGGAUUCUUGGCUUAGUCAACUGAUCGUGUGUCAAGAAGUCCCCACUUGGGACGUUAUGACUGAUAUUCGUUAUGUUGAAUGUUUGAACUGGGUGUAUUUCCCUUUGGAGCCUUAAUCACAAGAGGCACUAGCUAAUCUACAGAUUCCUGUCCAAUGCCAUAUUUUAAUAAAUCACUGGAAGGCAGAGAAUAUACCUCUUAUCUUCGGUGACCCUGCAUGUUAACUGUUUCGGUGUUAAGGCAGCGCAGGAGCGUGGAUUAAGCACCAGCCUGUACUCUCUCUCGCUCAGCCGUGACCGUGAUGGUUAACAUCAUCUCUAGUCUCUAAGGGAGACACUGACUCCAGCCAAGAAACUUGAGUCCCUUUUUUUUAAAAGGUUCAUAUUCAAAGUCAAAUGAAAUUGGAUGAAAGUCAGUACCCAUGGCUGCUCCUAUAAAUAGUCCUGACUGUUUAUUUCCCCCAUUAAUUAAAAAAAGGCCAAGACAGAGAAGAGAGGGAAUGGUAGAUUUGUGUCGAUGGGUUUUCUGAAAGGUGUUGUCGCUUUGGGACUAGAGCACCCCGCAAGUUAGGAUCUAACUGAAAGAGAAUCGGUGCUAAGAGCUUUUAGGAUCCUACAAAGAAACACAGUUAUUUGUGGAGAUUUUUCUUCACCCUGCAUUGAAGGUGGCCUGAGAACAGAGCUUCUCUCGUUGGGGGGAUAACAGAUACAUUGCCUUUUACAAGAAAAUCUCUGUCUCUUCAACAAUGAUGUCCAGCCUGUGCAGCCCAGUGGUACAAAAGGGAAUAGUAACUGAUCCCUGUUUGAAACAGGAGCAGUGGAUCCAUAGUCUUCCCAGGCCGCAGCCUCUGUUUAUAGAAGCUUCUGAAUGUAGGAAAUCUGUUGAAUUGCAUUUAAAUGUAAAUAAACUUUUAAAAAGUGUGCAUAGGGAAUUAGCCAGUUCCCUAUAGCUAAUAGACACAAGAGGACAUGUGCUAAAGUGGCACGGCUGCUACCUUGUGACCACGAUGUUGCAAGUCACCCUCCCUGGCAUGGCGAGUUGGCCCCCAGAGCUCUGGGUAGGGGACAUUGCCUCACAGCACUGAGGCACCAGCUGCUGCCAACCUCCCCCACCCCUGCCGUCCCCAGCAACGUGAGCAAGACAGCUGCUGACUUUGGGUAGCAGGGGGAGAGGGGACACUUUGGUUCCCUUACCACCUUUGGGAGCCUGUACAGUGUUGGGGGCUUACUUGGUGUCUGCUGGAGAGCGAGGUCCUGUCCUGCUGUCACCCAUGAUCCAUCUAGCUUCCGCUGUCUCCAUCCCUUCUGAGCCCAUCUGCCCACUGUCCUCAUGAGUUUCUUUGGUCUUUACUGAAAGAAGAAGGUGGAAACUUAAACGUGGAGAGAAGACAAGAGAUGGAACUAAUUAGAAUGGGAGAUUCAAACUGUCAAAGCACAGACUUUUCACAGAAGCCGUUUUUAUUUCCCAGUGGCAAAUUGCCCUUUUUGGAAUGUUCAGAGAUGACGUGUCAUGGAAUUCCCAAACAAGUCUCUUGUUCGGAUGAUAAUAAUAGGUAGUGUCUUUUUAGUAUGCUGGUUGAUCUUUCAUAGUGUUAGGUUUUUGUUACUUCAAAAGAAAUCAGCUAUAAAUAAAAUGUAUUUUUGUAAUUCCCUUGUGUAUAUAUGGUAUAUUUCUACCAAUGGCCAGUUGUUGUAGUCCAGAACCUAAAUCAGCUUGCAAAACACUGUGGACAGUGCAAGAUUUUAUGGACAGAUUAACACAAUGCCUAAGUCUAUCCAAAUAGGCAUUCAAUGCACUUGAAUGAACAAAGAGCCAAAGAAACUCAGCCUUUUCAUGCAAAUGGUAUGAGUCUGAUAAAGUCAGCUACAUUGUCCCGCUUUCCCAAUAAUAUUAAUAUUUCAUCAGUGCAAUGAUAUCGACCCAGUACUUUGUCUACUUGGCACAUGCCUGGAAAUACUGUAUGUGAAAAUGGCGUUUCAAGACCUUAGUGUAAUUGAAAUAUAUAUACAUGUUUCAAGACAGUGUCUGAGCUUUGGAUGUUCCGAUGACUUACAGAGGAUGCGUCUACAGUCUGCAGAGGUCGGGCUCCCCAGGUCACUUAAGAGGAUGGAGCCACAGAUCACUGUGGUCUUUGCAGAAGCCCAUGAAAUAGUCAGCGGGGACAACUAAAAAUAUAGCGUGCUGUGUCAGACACUCUCUUACACUAGACACCAUGGGUGCAAGAGAAGUAGAUGAGAGGAAAACCUUAAGUUGAAAAGAAAUCAGUCUGUUCAUGGUUUCCCAUCGACGGGGAGACAGCCCCCGUGGUCGGGUUUUCUGUGACUGAGGUGUGGCCCCUUCCCUGAAGAGUCUCCUAACCUCGUGGAGGUGACAGAUACCUGGAUGCUGACUCCGAGAAAAGGCAGAUGGUCAAAAGUGCCUCAUGGAAGUGAAAAUGGGGUUCCAUGAGAGCCCCGAGGAGGCAGCAACGGACUCUGUGUUCAUCGGAACCCUCUAGGCACAGAAGCCACAAAGGACCUUGGCUGACCUGGGAGGAAGAGGAAGGCGAAAUUCAGAGACGUAGAGCGAGUGACCGGCCCGAGGAUUCCAGCCCCAUCUGCUGAUCUGUGACCUGGCUUGUUUCCCAUCUCACCACGAGGGUUGCAGGCUUGGCAGUGACACGUUUCUUUAACUGUGCCCGGAAGUUUAAAAAAUACAUCAGGGUCGUGUGAGGGAGUCCAUAAUGUUCUUGCCAAGAAAAAAGAUGACUGAUUGCGUAUGUAAGGAGCUUCAGAUACAGUGUGUAGAGGACGAUGCAUUUUGUGGCAUAAUAAACAUUUUUCAGCACUGGUUUUGA